AUGCAGGAUGAUAAUAAAAGCAAGCAGGGUCUUGCAGAGAUUUAUGAGCAAGAAUGUGUUCAGAAGAUUGACCCCACUUUUGCUCCAUUGUUAGCUAGAGAUAAACUAAAAAAUGAGGCUAGCAUCCUGUUUAAGAAGAUCUGUUUGAAAUUGGACGCCCUUUCUCAUUUCAACUUUGCUCCAAAACCGAUUAUAGAGUACAUGUGCUUUCAAAUAAAUGUACCUGCUCUGGCAAUGGAAGAAAUUGCUCCUGUGGCUGUUUUAGAUGCUGCUAUGCUGGCCCCUGGUAAGGGUGAUGUUAAAGAAGAAGCAGAACUUACACAGGCAAAAAGGAAAAGGAGGAGAGCUAAUAAGAAAAGACAAUUUAAAGUAUUUUCUUCCAACCACACAGGCUGGAUCUUUUCAAAGGCAAAGUCAGAAAAGAAGCCAGACAAUGCAAUUUCUGGACAAGUUAACGGCUAA